AAAAAAACGAGAUUAAAAACCAAAACAAACAAAAAAACAAAAUCGAAAAAAACAACACAUGUAAGGUUAAAACUGUUACUAGAAUCAAAAGGUUUAAUAAUCUGGCUCAUUUCUGUUAUCCACACAUUAUGCUAACAAUGCUUUAAAGGGUUCAUAAAAUGAAGGUCAGAGUUGUUCUUUAUAUAAAUACCCUUAAAAAAAUCGUGCACCAUUGUAUUAAGUCCAUAUUGAGAGACUAAAACAUGUCAGAGAUUUCCCACCACAGGGACAUUAAAAGCUGUCAAAGGAGGAUGCCACGAAGAUCAUCGUUCUUAUUCUACUCUAUUGGAAUGUCCAUCAUUUUUGUGUGGUAUGCCAUGGCAAUACUCGAUGCGAAAUCAGCAAUAGGGAAACUGAAUGAACGUACAACUGUUUCACAUCAUGAUGUAUACUCCCCAAAUCUAAUCAAAUCUUCACAGACAAAGGAACAGCGACAUACUGCCAUUGACAGAAAAACACUUGAGAUGUACAACCGGAAAGAAACAUUACAAUCAUGGUGUAAAAUGUUUAAAGAAAGAGAUAGAGACAUUGAGAUGUACGGGGAAAUCCACCGAACUUUCUUCUACUCAAAAUCAGCAAGAUUGGGCGUGUGUAAGGUCCCAAAGACUGGGUGUUCCUUUAUGGCCAAGUUCUUCUUCGCUUUGGAGCCUAAGAUGACAGUAGUAAAAGCCUUUACCAUGGAUCGGUAUGAGGUACACAAUGGCGCUUACGAAUAUGAUGAGGAUUUCAUGCUGAAAACUCUGAAGACACAUCAACCGUUUACUGCCGUCGUGUCACGUGAUCCGUAUAGGAGACUUUUUUCGGCAUACAUUGAUAAAGUAUUUCUGAUAGGAAAGCUGAAUCAGAAAUUUGGACAAGUUCUACGUUCACGUUUAUAUCAAACACAAGAAGAAUCAUGUGGCUACUCAAUUUCUUUUCAGGAAUUUCUUGACCAGGUGGUUGCUAUGGCAGCACAGGAUGAAUAUGAUGAACACUGGCUUCCUGUGUCUAAGCGUUGUGAUCCAUGUCGUUUCCGGUACGACUUUAUCUGUAAUACAGAGACUUUAGAUAGUGACUUGUAUCAUAUACUUGACCGAAUUAAUCUUACAGAAGACAGAAUAGCCGCAAUAAAAAACAGUAUAGCAACAGAAAAACAGAAUAAAAAUGAAGUGAUGUCUCUGAUAAAAACAACCAUGUAUGAUCAUAGACGUUUCGUAAGUGUAUGUCCAAAUGUGUUAGAUUUAAUGGAAAAGACAUGGACAUCUCUUCAAAUACGAGGAUACAUACACCAAGCAUCACAAUUCCCCAGGGAAAGAUUCUGGACGAUGAAAAAAGGAAAGUUAAAAGUAGGUAAAAUAAAUGAUGAGGAUUUGAUAAACACUGUGUAUGAGGAGUUCCUCAAUCGACCUUUGACCCCGAAACAAAUGGCGAGUCAGAGACACCGGUCUCUGGUGCGGGCGUAUCGUAACAUCAAACCGGAGACAAUCGCUAAAAUUCAGAAGAUGUACGAGUACGACUUUUUCCUUUUCAAUUAUGGAUUAGAACCUCCUGGAAAGAGAAAGCGUUGAUAUAUUUAAAGUGCUUAUUAAAAUUAACAAAUAGUGAUAAAUCUUAAGUAAAAAAUAUACAAAUACGUUGAUGAUGUGACUAUUGGAGGGUGUGUGUAUGUGAGAGGGUGUGUGGGUGUGCGUGUGGGUGAGGUGUGUGUGUGUAUGUGAGAGGAUGUGGGGUGUGCAUGUGGGUGAAGUAUGUGUGUACGUGAGGAUGUGUGGGAGUGGGUGUGGGUGAGAUGUGUGUUAUAGUCAUGUAACACUUUAAAGCUUUUAAAUAUAUAUAGUAUGGUGCAGUAAUAUCUUGUUUUCAAGUCUUAUUUUAAGGAAUAACUUAAUUUGUACGUUUGGGUAGUGAUUUGGAUAAGAUGAGUUCAAUGAGAACAUAUCUAAACUAAUAUGUUUACAUAGGAAAAUGUCUUUUAAAGCUAAAUAUAUUUCUAAUCAAGAAAUGCUCGAGGUUCUGGGUACUGUUCUCUUUACUCUUAAUAGCGAUAUUAUUUAAUUUUUGUGACGUUUUAAUAUUUCUGUUAAUGCAUAUCUUCACAUCUAAAGAUGUAUCUGGUAAAUUUGUCGAUGUUGAUUUUCUUUAAUUUUCAUUUCCAAUACGGGUUAUCUCCCUUAUGUCGUUACCUCAGAGCAUAAUGAAUCGGUACUAACAGGAUGUAAAAGCCAUACAUAUGUUAAUUUGUUGAUUAAAAAAAAAAACACGAGACUUAACAAAACUAAAAUCAUAAAGUAUUUAAUGUAUUAGUCUGUGAAGCAGCCUUGACGAUGAGAGGAAUUAUUGACCAAUACUCUUCAACUGAUCCUUGAUCGUAUUGGAGACUUGUUAAACGACUUCACAUUUUGUUAUUUUUGAAAAUCACGACAAAGCAGAUCUUUUAAGUAAAUAUUUUUGUUAAAUCACAUAUGUUGAUGACAGCAACACAGUAGUCCCAGAUGUUCCGAACAGAACAGAAAGCGUAUGUGACAGUAUUAGAAUUCAUUCUGGUGAAGUCAGUGAUAUUCUCCAGGUUUUGAAAAUAGGUAAAGAGUCUG